UAUGUGUUAUUUUCAACAUGGCGGCGCCCAUGAGAAGCGCACUACCUGCUCUUCUAUCAACAUUUUCAAGACUAAGUUUGGGUGGACUGAAGACAUCCAGAUGCGUUCACACUCAGGUGUGCCCUCUACUCUUCAGGACCUCCAGUCAAGUCUGGGCUGCUCCGAUGAAGAAGAAGAAGAAAGCAGACUCGGCAACAAUCAUAGCUCGGGAGACGAAGAGGAAGAAGAAGUUUGAACGACAGAUAAAGAGGCUGGAGAAGUAUGGCCGGCAACUGAAACCAAUUGAAGAAAUUGUUGGAGAUGCCCAAAUCAAGGCUGAUAUUGAGUCACGUAGACGUGAGAAGACGGUGAUGACGUUUGAGGACAGUGAGUCCCGGGCACUACUGACGAAAGACUGGACCCGUUACUGCAUGACCAGACACCAACACGAGCUGACGGCCAUCAGGGCGGCGAUGAAGUCCCAGCAGAGGGCGCUAGAUAGUCUUCUGGAAGAAUCAGAGGAACUUUACCAGAAAGCAAUCCAGAUCGAUGAGAUGCUUCUCCCCCUAGAGAUGAAGGGCCCUGUCGAGACUCCACCAAUCAAAGAUUAUGACCCUGUUGAUGGAGACUACCUAGACACAACCAAGAGGUAUGACAGGUGAAGAGGAGGAACCUUGGAUACAGUGAUCAUCAGACAACAGUGCAGGUCAUUGGAAGGACCAGCUUGCCUCAUUGGCACAAAGGGCCUGGGAAAAUCUGGGGUAGAAUAGGUCUUCAGCAACCCAAGGUGACUAUGCUUGUCGUAAGAGGCGACUAACGGGAUCGGGUGGUCAGGCUCGUUGACUUGGUUGAUGCAUGUCGUCGUAUCACAAUUGCGUGGAUCGUGCUCAUGUUGUCAAUCACUCGAUUGUCUGGUCCAGACUCGAUUACCUACAGACCGCCGUCAUACAGCUGGAAUAUUGCUGUGUGUGGCGUUACACAACAAACAAACAAACAAACAAACAUUGGCACAAAGUCUCCAAAGCAUCCUGAAGAUAUAAUAAACUGACUAUUAGACUUUCGUUCACAUUGUCAAGAAUGCAGGCAUAUUGUUUCUAUUGUUUGAUUAGGUUUGGUUGGUUUGUUGUUUAACGCAAGCAUGGGUUACUGAAGACCUUUUUCAACCAGGAUCUUCACUUGUUUGACUAUUGACACUGAAGGAUACUGAAGGAUAACGUGUACUUUAGGAAACAGGAUGUUAGGAAGUAUUUAUGUAAUGCUGUACUGACUUGUUUGACCGUGUGUGGAAGUGAAUAAAAGAAAUAUGCCUC